AGGCAGUUGUGGGUUGUGAUGGAAACAAGACAGGGCCUACCUACCCCCGUCGUGUCGAUCGGAGGUGGUAGUAGUGAUGGUAACAACAGCAACACGGUGGCAGUGGUAGUAAGUAUGUGGUGUUGGUUGUUGGUAGGCAAUGUAACAAUGCCAGACCCAUAUAUGGGACGAUGCCCAACUAUGGUCAACCGGCGCGUUUCCUUCCUUCGGAUCCUCGGCUGCGGUCGAUCAACACCGCCGCCACUGACUCAUGUGGACAGAACGACCAUCAGCCAGUAUACCAUCGCCUUCGAGCCCAUCAACAACUCGACACCAACCAACCAACCAGCAUUGAUCAGCAGCAACAGGUCCGCGGGCGCGCAAUCUGCGUUUUCGCCCGGAUGGACUUCGCCGCCGGAUCGCUCUGCGAGCGCCGCAGGUGACCAUCUGUGAGCGCAGAGGGUUCUGGUGGCGGCGCCGGUGACCGGUCGGCGUCAUUCUUCGACGCCCCAAGGGCGGGUGCGACGCAAAAAGGCGGCAGGCGGUGGCGGCAUCCCCCAGGUCCUCUUCUGCACCCCAUCAGAGGGUGAAACGUGAACAGGUGCGCUCUGGCGGUCGCCGCGCCGCGGCCCUCCUCCUCUUCAUCCCGGCUCCGCCCGCCCGCCCGCGCUCACCACAACAACGGCCGAGAGAGAUGGAAGAGCUGAACUACGAGAGCACGAUGGAGAAGGAAAAGAAGGACCAGCGUCCGAAGGAGGAGUGCGAGAAAGAGUGAGAGGGAGACACAGGACCAAAGGCAAGAGAGAAGAAAUCGCGGACCGCAACAUCAACGCAUAAAGGGUCGUCCUCCGGAGCAAACAAACAUCGGACGCAGCAGAGGAGGAAGAUCAGAACACGCGAUGCGAGGUACUACUACCACCACCGUCCGACGAAGAGCAGAGAGCGUGGGCGUGCUGAGAUCAAAGACCGGUUCCCCGAAAACUCUUUCGGCAGCCUCAGCUACCACCGCAACUACCGCGCUUACACGCCAGUUAAGUUCCCAUUUUAUAUUACUCGAGAACAAGCGCCUCGAGGUGUCUUGAUAUCCCUUUUGCUGCUUGUCAGCAAUGACCGGGAGAGGAGACCGGUGGUGCGCGAAAGCGUCCUUCUAUCAUCGGACACUUGUCCACAUGCCAUUUGCUUCUCUCUCUAUAUAUAUUGACUACCCAAUAUCAAUUUCGAAAAUCUGAAAGGAGUCGCACAACGACCGGCUCGGCGGCAAAACGAUUUAUAAAUAGGCCUUGGGAAGAGAGUAAUAAAAUCAAAUGGAGUACUAGGCGUAUUCAAAAACUGUUCCCCUUCAUCAUUCCAAGUGACUUUGAUAAAGGGGCUUCGAUAAAAAAGGUUUUCUACACUUCACUUCUUAGAAAUAAUAUCAAAGAAAAUCUGUUAAGGUGUACACAUUACUAUCAAUGAUUGCUGUUUUCCUUUUCGUUUCAUAUUUAUUACAGAUGUUGUUCAUAAUAUACAAAUGAUCACAGUAAUUUAGACGUAAACCAAAUUUUCAUUAUAUUCUAGAUUUUUCUAUAUGGUGCUCAUAGUUAUUAAUUAAUAUUAAAUACUUUUAGUCUAAAUGCAUAUUUAAAAUAUUACGACUGUGAUCCUACACUAUUGUACAAUAAGUUAACAUAUUCUAAUUAAUUUUACAAUUUGUAUUUUUUCAUUUAUUUAUAAGGGAAUUGCUUUUCGCUUACUGAACUAUGGCUUUAACUGUUUCAUACUUUGAUUUAUUCGCGAAUUGAACAUAGUUUGUUUAUUUUUUUAAGAAUUAGAUUUUCGUAAGACUGACUAGAACUUAAUUAAGUUAACGAUCCGACGCUUCAUAAAACAUAGUUCGGACGACAUUAAAUCCCCGUUUGUUGAUUAUAUUUAUUAAUCACUUAAGUAAACCCAAAGUGCCAUAAAUCUAAGCAUAAGUAUGUAAUGCGUUUGCAUAACAUUAAGUGUACAUAUAUUAUUACAGCUGUUUUUUUAUAUUUUGAAUUUAAUUUACUCGUGAUUAAGAUAGGAAAAUUAAUUAAGCCAUCACAUCCGUUCUUAAUGCAUCUUUUUCGUUUUAUUAUAUUAUAUUAUAUAUUUUUUCACUUGCCUCUAGUAAAUGCACCUCGCGUGCUUACUUAUACGCUAAACCAUCUUUAUAUAUGUUUUUUUUCGUUUAUUUUAUGUAUGUUUGCUGUUCGAUUUAGUGUAGAAGAAAUUGUGCAGAUGCGACAUGGCUGAUAAGGGCUUUAAGAAUAAAUAUUUCAUGCGCGAGGCGAUCCAAUUGUGCGCGCCUUCACCGUUCUUCUUUCUCUGUUAACAUGUAUGUAUGUGUACGUUGGCAAUCCUCUCUUCCUACAUCAUCAGUAUCAGGCUUACUUCGCUCUAUCAAUAAAUAAAUAAAAUCGGAAUUGGAAAUU